UCCAUAAAGUCCCCCAGUACGAACGUGAAUAUCUAGAUACAAUUUCGAAAGUAAUAAUUAAUUAUUGUCUUAUUUUGAUAUAGACUCUUAGAACUGUGACUUAUUUAGUCCAUGACCUUGCUAUCAACUACCGCGCGACGAACUUUCACACAAGCAUUGCACCAUAAUUCGAGAGUUCUGGUAACCCCUAAAUUCUCACAGGCAGUCAACAUGACAACCGCCGUUUUCAAACAUAUCGACGCAUCGGCAAUCCCGCAGGGGACGAGGCCAUGGGCCAAAGUUGAUAUCGAAGCUACUUCGUUCAAGCUGGGUGACCAUACGCGUCCGGUGAACAAUAUUAGAGGACGGGAAAGCGAGUUUACCACAGACAACUCCGGCUUUGCGGUUUACAAUGAACCGUCAAAUGAGAAGUCAUUUACAGAUGAUGCAGCUGUGCGUGGCCCAUACUAUCAGGAAAUCGAGAAUCUCUUAAGGAAGCGAAUUCCUGGUAUCAAGAAGGUGGUCAUAUUUGACCACACCAUCCGGAGACGUACGCCGGAAGCUGCCCGAGCUCCGGUACAGCAGGUCCACGUCGACCAGACGCCCGCCGCGGCCGAAGCCCGUGUGCGCCGUCAUCUCCCAGCUGACGAGGCCGAGGAGUUAUUGAAAGGCCGCUUCCAGAUCAUCAACGUGUGGCGGCCCAUCGAAAACCCAGCAAGCGAUCACCCCUUAGCCGUCAUCGACUGGCGGUCGACGAAGCCAGAGGAUUUCAUCCCGGUGAACCUGCUCUAUCCUAAGCGUGUAGACUUCGCAACGGACAAGGACGACAGGGGCAAGGAAGUGCGUCCCGACGACUCAACCAGAUACUCGGCGGAAGGAUACGAGGUCAGGGGCGAAACGAUGUCGGUUGCGCCGAGCGACGCGCAUAAGUACUACUACCAGAAGGACAUGACGCCGGAUGAGGUCAUUCUAUUAAAGUGUUACGACUCGUUCGGCGAGGGCCAACCCCAAGGGAAGGCGGGAAUUGCGGUGAGGACGCCGCAUACGGCUUUUAUCGACCCCCAGACACCUAAGGAUGCGCCCCCGCGGCAGAGCAUAGAGGUGCGGUGCUUGGUCUUUUAUGAAUAGGUAGCGAUGCUGUCGUGGCUCGGGGUGGAUGUAGCUAUAGCACCCAUGCCUAUCACACUAUAUAUCCCCGAUAGUUUUACAAUAAUUCGAGGGGUUGUCCUCUUAGAGCUAUUUGACGAUUUCAAGGCAACUUCACGUAAGAUGGGGGUAGGGUUGUGAAUAUGUAAACCCCAUUCCGCAGAAAACAGGGCCUGGUGGUUAGAACAGCGUUAUAAAUCCUAGUACACCAUCAACCAGAGUGAAUUAAUCAAAGCCCACAACUCAGUCGAAUCAGAACACAUUAUACACUUAAGUUAAUUCCUCUGGAAACUCGCAAUAACUAUCGAAUUCUUUUCGGCUCAUAUCUUCGGCACCUGAUGGGGC